AUGUUUCUAUUUAUACCUUUAAUUUGUGGUACCAGAGAAUUCAAUUCUGCGUACGAUAAUAAACCUGAGCAUGUGGGUCUGUAUUGCCCACACUGUCAUAAUAAUAGUGUCGCUGCGGUGAAAAGCAAAGAAUUUUUCACUUUUUAUUAUAUUCCUUUAGUGCCUGUACAUUGGGGUAAACAAUUACGUUGUUCUAUCUGUAGCUGGAAACAAGAUUUUACUGGUGAUGCAGAAUUAGAUAAUAUGACUGGGUAUCAAAAACCACAAUAA